AGGGAACUUUCCAGAACGCUCGCUGAAAAGCGGAGGAGCGGCGGCUGCCCGAGCUGCGCCCAGCAACGCGCUCCUUCCCGCUCCCCCACACCGGCCUCGGCCCCCUCACCGGCUGUAGAAAAUGGUGAAAGAAACUACUUACUAUGAUGUUUUGGGGGUCAAACCCAAUGCCACCCAGGAAGAAUUGAAAAAGGCUUACAGGAAAUUGGCUUUGAAGUACCACCCUGACAAGAAUCCAAAUGAAGGAGAGAAGUUUAAACAGAUUUCUCAAGCUUAUGAAGUGCUCUCUGAUGCGAAGAAAAGGGAAUUAUAUGACAAAGGAGGAGAACAGGCAAUUAAAGAAGGUGGAGCAGGUGGUGGUUUUGGCUCCCCCAUGGACAUCUUUGAUAUGUUUUUUGGAGGAGGAGGAAGGAUGCAGAGAGAGAGGAGAGGUAAAAAUGUUGUGCAUCAGCUCUCUGUAACCUUAGAAGAUUUAUAUAAUGGUGCAACAAGAAAACUAGCUCUGCAAAAGAAUGUGAUUUGCGACAAAUGUGAAGGCCGAGGUGGUAAGAAAGGAGCAGUAGAAUGUUGUCCCAAUUGCCGAGGUACUGGAAUGCAAAUAAGAAUUCAUCAGAUAGGACCUGGAAUGGUUCAGCAAAUUCAAUCUGUGUGCAUGGAGUGCCAGGGCCACGGGGAACGGAUCAGUCCUAAAGAUAGAUGUAAAAGCUGCAAUGGAAGGAAGAUAGUUCGAGAAAAGAAGAUUCUAGAAGUUCAUAUUGACAAAGGCAUGAAAGAUGGCCAGAAGAUAACAUUCCAUGGUGAAGGAGACCAAGAACCUGGACUGGAACCAGGAGAUAUUAUCAUUGUUUUAGAUCAGAAGGACCAUGCUGUUUUUACUAGGCGAGGAGAGGAUCUUUUCAUGUGUAUGGACAUACAGCUGGUUGAAGCACUGUGCGGCUUUCAAAAGCCAAUAUCUACUCUAGACAACAGAACCAUUGUCAUUACCUCUCAUCCAGGUCAGAUUGUCAAGCAUGGAGAUAUCAAGUGUGUGCUGAAUGAAGGCAUGCCAAUUUAUCGUAGACCAUACGAAAAGGGUCGCCUAAUCAUCGAAUUUAAGGUAAACUUCCCUGAGAAUGGCUUUCUCUCUCCUGAUAAACUGUCUUUGCUGGAAAAACUCCUACCUGAGAGGAAGGAAGUAGAAGAGACUGAUGAAAUGGACCAGGUAGAACUGGUGGACUUUGAUCCAAAUCAGGAAAGAAGGCGCCAUUACAAUGGAGAAGCGUAUGAGGAUGAUGAACAUCACCCUAGGGGAGGUGUUCAGUGUCAGACCUCUUAAUGGGGCCAGUGAAGAACACUGCUGGCAUUUUAUAUGCAGUAGUGAACGAAUGAAGGACUAUAAUCAUAGCUCACUACUUGCUAUUAUUGUUUUUGUUUUAAUAUUCAACUAUAGUAGUGUUUUAAAAGUUAAAUGAAGAAUAAAAAAUAUAAAA